AUGUCCAGCCUACAGGAGAUUUUGGUUGUGAUCUUUUCUGUUAUAGAAUUCAUAAUGGGAACUUUGGGAAAUGGAUUUAUUGUACUGAUAAACAGUACUUCCUGGUUCAAGAGUCGGAAAAUCUCUGUAAUUGAUUUUAUUCUCACUUGCUCGGCCAUCUCAAGAAUGUGUGUUUUGUGGACAACAGUUGCAGGUGUCUCUUUCUACAAGGCAUUAUUUUACUCUAAAAGUUUGCAAGUAUUUUUUGACAUUAUCUGGACAGGAUCCAACUAUUUAUGCACAGCCUGUACAACCUGCAUCAGUGUCUUCUACUUGUUCAAGAUAGCCAACUUUUCUAAUCCAAUUUUCAUCUGGGUUAAACAGAGAAUUCAUAAGGUGCUUCUGUCUAUUGUUCUAGGAACAAUCAUCUAUUUCUUCUUAUUUCUCAUUUUUAUGAAAAUAAUAACUAAUUAUUUUAUAUACGACUGGACAAAAUUGGAACAAAACAAAACAUUCACUUUUUUAGAUACUCUAACUGGUUUCUUAGUCUACAAUGUGAUUCUCAUAUUUUUUUUUGCAGUAUCUCUGACAUCGUUUCUUCUUUUAAUCUUCUCUUUAUGGAGUCACCUCAGGAGGAUGAAACUGCAGGGCAUACAUACCAAGGACACAAGCACAGAAGCACACAUAAGAGCUAUGAAAACUAUAGUUUCGUUCCUCUUGUUCUUCAUUAUAUACUAUAUCACCAACACUAUGCUUACUUUUUCACAUCCCGUUCUUGACAAUGUGGUUGUAAAAACUUUCUCUUAUAUCCUAACAUUUACGUAUUUAUCUAUUCAUCCAUUUCUCCUGGUUUUAUGGAACAGCAAAUUGAAAUGGGCAUUCCAGUGUGUAUUGAGAAAGCUAGUGUGUCAUAGUUGA